AUGCGCCCGCUGGCCAACGACCAUCAGCCGGCCGAACCCCUCCGACGGAAAAAAAAACAAAAAAAAAAAAACAAAAAACCUAGCUCUGAAGUUAGUCACCAGCUAUUGUGUGCGGCAGGAGAAAGCCGAGCCGAGCGCGCGUGCAGAGCGAGCAGGCGAGCGAGCGCGCCCUCCUUCCUCGCGCCGCCGCCGCCGCCGCCGCCGCCGCCUCGCGCGCGCCCCCGCGCCCGCACGGACGCGCGCGCCGGCCCCUCCUCCUCCGGCCUUGCACUCGGCGAGCGCCGGCCCGGCCCGCGCCGCGCGCCGCCGUACCUGAGCCGCCUGCUGACAGGGUCCAUCUUCCAGGAACCGGGCGAUGAGGAAGUAGAGCUCUGCGCGGGAGAGAGGGACGGGGAGACACACAGGCUGAGCGGCCGGGCGGCGGGGGGCGGGGGACCGCGGGCGGAAUCGCCCGGUGCCAGCGGCCCCGGCAGCCCCCCGACUUACCCGAUCGCAGCUCCGAGAGGCCUUUCCUCUCACAAGACAUGUUUAUGGGUCACUUCGGGGCCGCCGGCGGGACACCCCGCCGCCGAGUGGAAGCGGGGAUGGUGCCGCCGCCUGCCCUAUAGCUGUCACUGUGUGUUCACGAGCCGAGCCUCGGCUCCACCAUUCAAGCAACGGCGGCGGAGGCGGAGGAGGAGGAGGAGGAAACAACAACUCUCAGGCAGCGGCUACAGGCGCCGCCGCCGCCUCCGCCGCGGAUCCCUCCGCCGCAGAAAGGAGUCCGCCGCCUUCGCGGCCCCGGGCUCGGCCUGUCCUCGGCCCGCGCCCGCGCCCCCGCCCCCGCCCCCGGCGCAGAAAAAGGAGUGCCUCCGACCCCGCGGCCCCGGCGCCCCCGCAGCCGGCUCGGCGAGACCCCCGCCCGCGGCUCUCCGACCGAAGCCUCCUGGUUAUUUUACAAAAGACUAGAGAAACAAUUUACACACCUGGUAUGAAAAGGAGGGAAGAAAAAGCCUUUCUUUACUUUUUCAUAAGGAGAGAAACGAAGUGCCAAGCAGUAAGCAUUUUCUGUUUGUGAAGUAUAUAUACAAUUUUGUGUUACAAAAUUUUUCCUAUUUCAGUAUUUUUUGCCAAAGUCAAGCUUGUGAAGUUUCCAGUCUAAUAGUGACUGAAGAGGACUGCCAUUGACUCAAAGCACUCUCUGGUGCUGCAUAACUUCACCUCUUUGAAAUAUUUAGGUCGGAAAUUCACUUCAUUUUCAGAGCCAGAUCCCAUCAUGCCCAUAAAAAUGUUCGAAAAAGAAAUCCGGGAUGAACACACAAUGGCAAAUUUCCAUGGCACAACAACGUCCAACACAUGGAGAGCCCUGUUCACUAGAGGCUGACAGUAGAGAUGAGAGCUAAUCUGAAGCAGCUGAGACCCCCGCUGAUGGCUACACCUGGAAAGCAGAGGUUUCUGUGAUAGUCUGGCCAAUCUCCAGAUAUUAUCAGUUAUUAAAACCUGACUUUAUUUAGCAGCAAUAACAAUUUAUUGAAUGGACUACAAGAGAUAUGGAUCAAUGGCUAUACAUACCAUUCACAUUUUAACUACAAGGAAUUCACAUUCCUGAAAUAAAAAUGAACAGCACUUAUAGACUGUUUUUGUGUUUUAACCUAAUUGCUUUUAGUAUAAAAGAUUCAUAUUUGAUGAAUACUAGCAGGAUUAAAUUCCACUGUUAUUUUUAGUAAUACAAAGUAACAAAAUUUUGUGAAAUAAUCAAGUGUGAUAUAGAUUAAUGUGAAAGCAUUUUUGGAAACGCCUUUUGAAAUGAGUGUAUGAUUUCCAUCUUUUUUAAAAGUUUAACUAAUUUCUGACAGAUUAGUUUCAGUUCUACAGUAUAAACUAUGAAGAGAUUUGAGUCAAGAAGAUCUCAAGUCAAAAUUAGAUUGAAAAUUUACAAACCUAGGGUCAAGAAUUGCAUUGAUGCCAAAAAUUUGUAUAGUGCUGCAGGAUACAUACAUAUAUUACCAUUCUUUAAAAAUUUGAUUCUUUUUAACUAAUAUAUUUAUGUAUCAACACAUUAAUGUUUGAAGUCUAGAAAUCAAGUCUCCUUAACUCGGGAGAAGUUUUUAAACCUCUUUGUGGUGGAAAAAUAUCAAACAUUCCAAAAAAGUGAAGAAAAUGGCAGUAUGAUCCCCAGGUACCAGAUUCCCAGCAUUCAUAAUUAUCCACAUUUGGACAAUCCUCUACUAUCUAUCCUCCAGCCACCCCCUUUCUUGCUUUAAAGUAAAUGCCAUCAAUACCCCUGUAAAUAAUUUGGUAUGUAGUCUAGAAACAAAUUCUGACUAGCUUAAUUCUUUCAUUGAUUGAUUCAUUCAUUUAUUUACCACCUCAUAUUUUAAACAUUUGUAGAACAUCUACCAUAUUCUAGAUGCCAUAUUAAGCCCUGGAAAUUGAUUGGCUGGAUAUGGUCAUUUGGGACCAUUUCUAAGAAGUUCUCUUAUAACUGGAAAUGUAUGCUGUUGAGAAAUCAGAUCAUACCACUCAACUACUUAAACCCCACCCAAUGAUGUAUCAUGAGCUCCUGGACAACCCUUAACAUGACAUGUGUGAUCUCUCAUAAUCUAACCCCCUCAACCUGUCCACACUCACCUUUACCCACUGGACCAGGAAUACUCUAAACUCCUGUAUGAAAAUAUUUUCCCCGAUAUGCCUUUCUUUCAUUUUCUUGUACAUGCUGGGCCCUCUUUCUGGAAUCUUGAUCUCAAAAUCAGACCAAUUGUGACGCAGUUUUCAAGACACCCCCAAUCAUCACUUCUUUGAGUAACCCUGUAUACCUCUCCUCCAAGAAAACAAACCUCUAGGUGUUCAUCCUCUAUUGUAGCACAGAACGUCUUCUGUGUGUCGCUAUCGUAGCACAGCUUUCAGGUAUAUCAUAGUUUUAUGUUGCUCUGACUAGACUAAGAAUUUUUAGGACAGGCUCUGAAUUUUGGAUUUCUGUAUCCCCAUUAUAUGCAACAAUCAGAAUAUACAACAGGUACUUAAUAAAUUCAGUGGUUUUUUUCUUGGAAUGUAUUUAUCAGAUAAACAAACUAUGGUCAUUUCUGGAGGUAUAUUAAGAUGGAUCCCAACAAUGACCCCAGUUCACCAUGACUUCACAGGGCUAGCAGAGGCCCAUGGAACCACUGAUAGUUUUCCCACUGAAAGGAAGCAAACAAAAUAGGUGCUGUAUUUAAAGAAACACCAGAAUAUCAUGUGAUAUUUGGAUAUCAGCUCUGCCCUUUCAGAAUGUUUAGUACAGUAUUACUUGAAUGUAAAAUGAAGGGAUAAAAUGGUCACUAAAAGAAGGUCACACAAUAUGAAAAUAAUGACAAAAAGAAAACGAAAGCCUAACCUAACGUGAAUGACUUUAGGUCAUUCCCCUCCUUGCCACUUAACUUUAACUUGUCUUUUUUAGUACAUUUUUCUUACGUAUCUUUUGUCUCCAUCUUAUAUCUUGUGCCCUAAAGAAUCAGAUGGAAAACAAACAUACAUGUAAAUAAGAUAUCAAAUAAAUGGAAUAGUGCAUCAGCAGGGCCCCUAUAGCAAAUGGAAAAGAGGGUCUGUGUUACUACAUCCAUAAUUAUGGCAAUGCUGCGUGUAGGAUCACUAAAUUUUAGAGCUGGAGGGAUCCUAGAGAUUAUCUAGUCCAAAUACCUUUUCAAAGAUUAAAUGAUUUAUCCAAACUCACACCCUCCUUUUCAAAUUUCAGUCAGCCUUGCAAUCUUUCUGAGGUUAUUGGUGAAGGGUAGGAUAACUGAAUAGCGAAAAGAGAAUAAUUUAGCAUGGAGGAGUCAACAUGAGUUCUGCACUAGAAAUGAUGUUUGUUGGUUUUACUAGAGUUGUUUGAGGGGAUAAAUAAGCGUGACUAAGGAGAUUUAAAGAGAAAAUUUAUAUUUAAACUUUCAAAAAGCCUUGUGACAAGUUCCUAUAUCAGACUAUUUAAACAACCCCCAUAAGAAAUUGGCUUGGAG